UUGUCAGAUUUUGCAACAAGCGAGAAGAGGUGACACUUGAUCAAAUAAAACAAUCAACGGGAAGUUAUUACAGUCAACGUGAGCAUCCGGAAUUGUAUCCAUGUUAUAGGCUGUAAGAUCAAACCGAUCCUCUUAGUGUGUCCAUGUUGUAACAACUUCCAGCUGCUGGAGCAACCCGGUGGUGUUGUUUUCGUGGAUUCACACUCAAGCCCGUUUUAACUGCGAAUUUUUCUUCCGUUUUUAGUGGUACUUCCAUGUUUACUCGACAACAGAUUUCGUGCGUUUUUCAACAGAACUUGACCGGCGCUCCACAGCUGCAUGAACUGAUCCGCCCUCCCUCCAAAAACAGAGACGGUGGUUGCACAUUGUGACCACGGGUGCGAAGAGAUACGUGCAAGUAGACACUUGCAAGUAGCUGCGGCAGCUGAAUUCUUUUAUGGUCAAUCCAACAGUUGAUGAACAUGGGUGUCCAUCUUGAUGGAAUAUUUCUCCAGAACGUCACCUAUGACUACGGUACGGACUAUGAGUACAAAGAGGAUGUGGAGGAGAGAGACACUAAAGCAGUGUUGCUCCCUGUUGUCUACUCCCUGGAGCUGAUUGUAGGUCUGCUGGGGAAUGCACUCCUACUGGCUGUUCUGGUUCAGAAGAGGCGAUCUUGGAGUAUUUCAGACACCUUCAUCCUUCACCUGAGUAUCUCCGACGUCCUGCUGCUGGUCACGCUGCCCCUCUGGGCUGCCGAGGCUGCUCAGCAAUCUGGAUGGUGGUUCUCGGACAUUCUUUGCAAGAUCAGUGGAGCUGUGUUUAAUAUCAACUUCUACUUUGGGAUGUUUCUGCUGCUCUGCCUCAUUCUGGAUUGCUACCUGUCCAUCGUCAACAACACCCGGUUCUCCCUGAAGAAUCCCAGGUUAGCUCACAUCAGCUGCCUGUCGGUGUGGCUCAUGUCCGUGAUCCUCUCCAUCCCUGACUCCAUUUUCUUCACUGUGAAUAUUGACACAGGGAAGAAACUGUGUAACAGCUACUCUCAGUCCCUAUCUAACUCGCAGCUGGUGUCACGCCUAUUCCACCACACGCUGGGCUUCCUGCUGACGUCAGUCGCCCUGAUCAUCUGCAGCACCUUCAUCCUGCUGCGGCUUACACGUGGCUCUGAUGGCCCAAAAAAGAAGAGGGCGGGCAGAGUCCUCCUGCCCCUGGUAGUGGUCUUCUUUCUCUUCUGGAUGCCAUACCAGAUCACACUUCUUGUAGACACAGUCACAAGCAGCUCUAAGGAACGUCACGAUGGUUUAUCUAGAAAGAGCUCCACAAUAACAGCUCUGACAUUCACAUCUGCUGUGGGCUGCAUGCACGCCUGCCUCCGACCUCUGCUCUAUUUAGUCCUGUGUGGAAACUUCAGGGAGCGGACACUGGCCAUGUUAACAUGUGCUAGAGUCAACCCUGAGAGCUCGCUGUUGGAGCUGGGGGUGGGCGAGGAGGCUCUGCCUGAGCAGAAUCAGGAGGGGGAAGAGCGGAAAACGAUGACUGGUGUAGAUCAGCAGGUGCAGUCCACUCACUGCUGAGGGAUGGACAAAUGCCCUCCUGUGACUCAGAGGUGACUUGAAUAAUACUCCACCCAUGAGUGGGUUAAAGUGUCAUGGGUUCAAGGGAUGGAGUACGGAUAUAUAUUUUCUAAAAAUGGCUCUUUCCCAUUGCACUUUAAUGUGAAGUUUUCCGAGCCAGUCAUAGUGAAACUUGCUCUUGUACUUUUAUUUUGUAACCACUGUUGCACAACUUUUGCUUGUCACCAUGAACCAUGAGUUUUUAAUUUAACUGUAAAUAUCUGUUUUUCUAUUAUGAAUUAUUAUUUGUGUUUUUAUUAUAAUUAUUGAAAGCAAACUACUUCUGUUGUUGUAGAUAUUAGUACAAAAAAAAUCAAUGAACCGUUUUCAGCUCUUAACAAUCAUCAUGAAGCUAAUUGCUGGGUAUCUAAGCUCCUGUGAAAACAGCGUAGUAUAAUCCUUGUCAGUGUUAUUGUGAGCUCCAUUAAAGGGUCCGACAGACUGUAUUAUUGCUCGAUUACACAAACACAUAUCUUGUUAUCUUCUAGCAGUUAAGCCUGUGUGGAUUCCACAAGUCAGUGUGUUUUUCACUGCUGCACAGCGAGGGAAUUUCCCUCUGGCAAACCCCACUGCCUCAUAUUUGUGUUCAUUGUUGCAACAUGGGUGUGAUGACUCUGGAUGAUACAAACAGGUGGUGACAUCAUGUGUCAGGUGACAGAGACAGAGGAAGAGGAAACAAAGCACUCUGUUGGUGUGGCCGCCUUCGCAUAGCUCUCUCUGUUUUAUCUCAUCUGAAUACAUGUCUGUGUGUGUGGUGGAGAGAGCACAGUGGAAUGCUUUAUGUCAAAGGGCAUAUGCCUGGGAAGAAAAUAGUAUAAGUGGUAAAUGAAGGAAAGAAGAGGAGUUGGAGAAGAUUUAAUCUCACAGUGCAUGUUGUGUUAAAUGUGUGGAUUCACCGCCAUGCUGUUGUUCAGGUUACAGCCUGCCAGAGACGCCUGAUUCCUGAACUCAAAGCAAGAAAAGAAUGUCAAAUGUGUCCUGAAAUAAAGUAUAUUACUUUCACAA